AUGAGACAAGACGCAACGUUAUCCUCCAAGAGGUUCCAUAAUCUCGGUGUGCCUUUCCUGUUCUCCCUAUCCAUCAUACGGGAUUCGUCGAUCCACAAACCCGCAGCGACGUUCUGCGAGCCGCUGAGUUCGCUCACCCGUGUCAUGUCGACUUUCCGCGUGUUUCCAGAGCUCGCAAACAAUCUGAAGAACGUCUCGCCUCUGGUGUCUCUCUCUCAGAGGCUGCGGGAACACAUGAUGGACAUCUUGGUGCCUCCACAUAGCUUCGAUCCUUUCCCAAACCUGCGCACCCUGUCGCUGAGCAGGGGCUGGACGAAGUUCACAUCCAACGACAUAGCAUAUGACGCCUUGCCUAGGCUGAAGGCUCUGAAGAUGGUAGACUGUGAAACGCCUCGUGAUUGA